AUGGUGGCAAUGAAGGAUGUGCUACCAAAGGCAGGUCCCAUGUUCGUCGCCUCUGUCCGCCUCAUCCCGGCCGGUCUGCUCCUUGUCGCCUUCGCUGCCAGCCGAGGCCGUCCCAUGCCCAAGUCCGCCCUUGCUUGGUUCUCCAUCCUCCUCUUCGCCCUCGUGGAUGCCACGGCCUUCCAGGGCUGUCUCACAGAGGGCUUGAGGCGAACAUCAGCCGGCCUUGGAUCAGUCAUCAUUGACUCUCAGCCACUCACAGUGGCUGUUCUUGCAGCCCUUCUAUUCGGCGAGACCAUCUCCAAGAAAGGGGCAUUGGGGCUUGUGUUGGGGGUUGUAGGCUUGCUGCUGCUUGAGGUCCCUCUGGAUGCUCUUUUCUCCUUCGCUUCCUCUCUCUCUGCGUCUUCAACCCAAUCAGUGCUUGCCACGUUGCCUCUAGACAGCCCACUCUCUCUUUUAGACAUCACCCCUUCCCUCACUGAUUCCACUGUCGCUUUAGCAGCAGCAGGAGCAGCAGCUGAGGCUACAGCAGUAGCACCAGCGGCCCUUGCACUGACAUCACCAGCAGCAGUAGCACUGGGUGUGGGAGAUUGGCAGCUGUGGGAAAGUGGGGAGUGGUGGAUGUUGCUUGCUGCUCAAAGCAUGGCCGUCGGCACAGUCAUGGUGCGGUGGGUCUGCAGGCACUGCGAUCCCAUCAUGGCCACUGGAUGGCACAUGGUGUUGGGAGGCAUUCCUCUCCUGUAUCUUUCCUUCCAGCAGCACGAUCCAGCAGUCUCUGGUGGCCUUGCUGACCUUUCCCUGCUUGAUUGGACCUCCUUAAUGUACACUUCAGUCUUCGGAAGUGCAAUCAGCUAUGGAGUGUUCUUUUACAAUGCAAACAAAGGGAACCUUACACGGCUGAGCUCUUUGACUUUCCUCACUCCUGCAUUUGCUGCUUUCUUCGGGUAUGUAUGUGCCAUCAGGGUUGGUAUAUUACUGCAGCUGGUCUCCCAAGUUUCUCCUCCCAGCUAG